AUGGCGCCUGUGCAGAUGUUGGCAAGGGUUCUUGUGGCCGCAUCAUGGAGUACAGCCUUGGCCCAGCUUCGAGGUCUGUCGGCUAACAAGACCGAACUUAACGCCACAGAUCAAACUCUCCUCCGCUCAGCAUGGGGAAGCUGUCAGCAGUACGGCUGCCCUUCCACGUACAUUCAGAGCCAAGCGUGCCAGUGCAACAGCCGAUGCAAGGACUACAACAACUGCUGUUCGGACAUCACCAGCUGCAAUGCCGGAGCACCUGCCGCCGGAUCGCCGGCCGGAGGGGCGCCCAGCCCCACGCAGAUCUCCGGACAUCCGGACCCCAGCAAGCAGUACCCAAGCUACCCGGGCUUCACGCUGGCGCUCGUGGAGGAGUUCGACAGCCCACUGGACCUGGACAGCGAUCCAAUCUGGACCUGGUCGGACGGCGGGCUUUUCGAAGGCGACGUGCGCUUCGUAAAGCAGCAGAUCCGCUUUGAGGACGGCAAGAUGAAAAUCACUGCCACCCAGAACCCUGGCUAUUCCACACAAGCCUGCUCGCACGCCGAGGUGGGGACCGUUGAGCAUAAGCCGCUGGUGAGCGGCGAGUUCCGCUCUAGAAGAAACAUCUUCCGUUACGGGCGCUACGAGGUGCGCAUGAAGGCUCCGGAUGUGCAGCCCGGAAACCCGGAUGUGGACGGGAACUUCGUUGCCACUAUGUUCGUGUUCCGCGAUGCCAAGUUCCGUCACUGGCGGGAGAUUGACAUUGAGGUCACUGGGGACUCGCCCAACUCCGUGACGACCAACGUGCUCCGUGCGGACAACACGGAGUUUUGGAGACCACAAAUCGCCUCAGUGAGAACGACCAGCGUCAGCGGGAAUGCACGGGCCGAGUUCCACACCUACGGCUUCGAGUGGCUGCCGGACCGCAUCACGUGGUACAUUGAUGGCGUUCCAGUGAGGAGCCACUACGGCGGGAAACCUCCGAUUCCGGACAAGUCGGCCAAGGUCAUGAUGAACUUGUGGAUCUUUGGCCCCAAAGCCAACUUCGGCGGCAGGCAGAUUUACAACAAUCGCUACCCCAUGACCAGCGAGUACGACUGGUUCCGCUUCUACAAGUGGGACGGUGAGACGACCUACCCGUGCCAACGCUUCUCCACCUCGUGUUUGUCCAGCGAUGACAGGUAUCUGGACGGCAACAACCCCUGUGAUGGGCAGCCGAUGCUUGGCACUUGGAAGGGCCAGGCUGCGUGCUCAGCAUCCUGCCGAUGA